UGUAAUCUUAACGCAAGACAACCUAUCAAAUGAAUUAUAUGGUUUUCGGAUCAGUCGCUUGUAGACCAUCAAAGAGUUGAUGUGUUAAAAUUAACGAAACGUUUUUCAGUUGUUUAUAUAUCUCUCUCUACACAUUCAGUACUAGAGUGGUUAUUGUUUCGGUGCUUUUUGUUGAUUUUUAUUUCUAUUUAUCACUUUGUUGUUAACAAAAAUUUUUUGGUGAAUUUGUGAAUAAUUAGGAAUUACAUUCUAAACGAUAAUUAGGUGAAUUCACGCGGAAAGACAAUUGAAUUGUUUGAAUUGUUGUGGGACCUCAUCACUGGACCUACAAAAUUACUCUGAAAAUAAAACAUAAAAGAUGCCAUCAUCAUCGGUUAACAACGACGUAAAUGAACGCCAGUUGUUCAUUGCCAGUGCUGGCAAAUAUGAAAACGUUCGAAUCACUAAGAAUGUCUUAGUGUUAGGGGUCGCGUUUAUGGUUCAUUUUACUGCUUUCCAUGGCAUGGCCAAUCUUCAAUCUUCGGUCAAUUCGGACGGUGCACUGGGAGCUUAUACACUUGCCGCAAUUUAUGGUUCAUUAAUUAUAUCGAACAUAUUUCUACCAGUGACAGUUAUACGGUGGAUCGGUUGUAAAUGGACAAUUGCGGUUUCAUUUCUGUUCUAUAUACCUUUCAUAGCGGCUCAAUUCUAUCCUCGAUUUUAUACAUUAGUUCCAGCUGGUCUGGCUGUUGGAUUUGGUGGUGGGCCGCUGUGGUGUGCUAAGUGCACAUAUUUAACUGUGAUAUCUGAAGCUUUUACCGCAAUAAGCAAUGGUCAAAUCAAAUUGGAAGUGAUAAUUGUUCGAUUUUUCGGAUUGUUCUUCAUUUUCUAUCAACUCGCUCAAGUUUGGGGCAAUUUAUUGUCGUCAACAGUUCUAUCUAGUGGCAUUGGCGACACAGAUGGUUUGUCUGCGAAUAUUACAAUUGAUUUGGGAAAUGUUUCGAAAAACGUUGACCAAUUAUGUGGUGCUAGAUUUUGUCCAAAUGCACUGGAAAGUUCUGGAGAAGUGGGCAACUUACAUCGUCCUGACCUAUUUAAAAUUCAGCUGCUGUCUGGAAUAUUCAUUGUACUAAUGUUGUGUGCCACAAUUCUUGUCAGUUUAUUUGCAGAUACACUGAAAAGAUACGAAAUGGGGAGAAAAGGUUCGGGAUCAGGUCUCUCUGGAAUAAAGCUUUUGGCGGUAACGUUCAAGCAAUUAUUGCAAAAGAAACAAAUUCUUCUUUUGCCAAUCACAAUGUUUAUUGGGGCGGAACAGGCCUUCAUGGCCGUCGGCUUUACAGCUUCUUUCGUCGGUUGUGGAUGGGGAAUAUCACGCAUUGGCUACGUGAUGAUUUUCUUUGGACUUUCCAAUGUGAUUGCAGCAGCAUUUACGGGAGCUGUUGCAAAGAUAACGGGCAGAUUACCGAUCAUGGUUGCUAUAACGGUGUUACAUGGAGCAAUCAUAAUUUGGAUGAGAGUUUGGGUGGCUGUUGAAGACGAUUACUUAACAUACGGGGCAAUGGCAGCACUAUGGGGUCUGGUUGAUGGAACGUGGUUGAUUCAAGUGAACUCUUACUACGGAGUUCUUUUUCCCGGUCGAGAGGAGGCCGCUUUCAGUAAUUUCCGAUUUUUCGAAGCCAUUGGCUCAGUAUCGAUAUAUGUUUUGAAUCCGAUGCUUUGCACGAGUACAAUAUUAACGAUUUUGCUGACUUUGAUGAUUGUGGGAAUGAUUGGUUACUCAAUGGUAGAAUAUAUUGAGCGAAAAGAGGAGAGGUCAAACAAUUUCGAGCUGGAAGGGUCCGAGAGAUGAAAUGUUCGCGGAAGUGUAUGAACAAUAAGCCAAAUGUGAUAUGUUAAACA